AUGGCUGAGAAGGCCAAGAAAAUUUAUGAGGAGUUCAUCCAGACGGAGGCACCUAAAGAGGUGAAUAUCGACCACUGCACCAAAGCUGUGACCAUGAAGAACUUGGUGGAGCCAUCAGUGAGCAGCUUCAAUGAGGCUCAGAAGCGGAUCUUUGCCCUGAUGGAGAAGGACUCCCUGCCCAGAUUUGUGCGGUCAGAGUUUUAUCAAGAGUUAAUCAAGUAG